CUCAACGCAACGCUAAUCCCUUCCAAACGCGUGUCUAUAAAACCGAAACCCUGACUCUCACUUCCAUUUCACCACCACCACCCUCACAUCAAUCAAUCAACCAAACAACCAAAACCGUUGCGCAAAUUCAAACCUCCCAGAUCCGCCAUGGCAUCCUCCAACGAAAGCUUCGUCUACACCGCCAAGCUCGCCGAACAAGCCGAACGCUACGAAGAAAUGGUUGAAGCGAUGAAGAAUGUCGCUAAGCUUGACGUUGAAUUGACGGUGGAAGAGCGGAAUCUUCUGUCUGUUGCUUAUAAGAAUGUUGUGGGAGGACGUAGGGCCUCGUGGAGGAUUCUUUCCUCGAUUGAGCAAAGGGAGGAAACGAAAGGGAAUGAGGUGAAUGUGAAUCGGAUUAAGGAGUAUAGGAAGAAGGUUGAAUCGGAGUUGUCUGAUAUUUGCACUGAUAUCAUGGCUGUGAUUGAUGAGCAUCUUAUUCCGAAUUCGUCUGGUGAAUCGAAUGUGUUUUACUACAAAAUGAAAGGUGACUAUUAUCGUUAUCUGGCUGAGUUUAAGAGUGGGGAUGACAGGAAAGAGGCUGCUGAUCAGUCCUUGAAAGCAUAUCAGGAAGCUUCCACUGCUGCAGAGACUGAGUUGCCUCCCACUCAUCCUGUCAGAUUGGGUUUGGCUUUGAACUUCUCUGUUUUCUAUUAUGAAAUCUUGAACUCUCCUGAAAGGGCCUGUCACCUUGCCAAGCAGGCAUUUGAUGUAGCAAUUGCUGAGUUGGAUUCUCUCAAUGAGGAAUCUUACAAAGACAGCACACUGAUCAUGCAGCUUCUGAGGGACAACCUGACAUUGUGGACUUCUGACAUUCCUGAGGAAGGAGUUGAGGAACAAAAGGCAGAGUCUGCCCGAGCUCCUGUCGGAGAAAAUGCAGAGUAAAAUGACAGGUUUUAAAAGGGGUUUGUGGUGUGAAUACAAAAGAUUAGCCUCCAUGCAAGUUCGGGUGGUUUUCUAUUUCCAUGUUUUCUAGUUCUAGGAAGUUUAUAGCUUAUCCAUUAGGAUGUUUCAAUUGAAGAGUAGUCAGUCUCUAGGAAUAUUAUAAAUCCUGAGCUCCUCUUCAUUUGACAAGGAGGAAUACAUCUUCGUCAAUGUUGCUUUAGGUUCUGUUUUAGCUAUUGAUAAAAAAAAGGUUCUGUUUUAGCUACUGGAAACAAUAGAGCCAUGGUUGGCUGUAAUUUUGUUGGUGCUUUGAUUUUACAUAUGCACUAUUCAAAAUGAUGCCUUGGUAGAUUA